UGCUACUUGAUUGCAGACACUUCUUGUUAGCGGACGUUAACCAGUCACUUGAAACGUAAGCAGUUACUUUAAAAUGGGAAAAUUGAUUCUAUAUGGCAUAGAUUUAAGUCCUCCGGUGCGUGCCUGCUUGCUGGCCUUUAAGGCAUUAAAUUUGCCCUUUGAAUAUAAACCAAUAGAUUUGAUGAAAUUGGAACAUUUGUCCGAGGCCUACCUCAAAAUGAACCCCCAGCACACUGUUCCAACUCUGGAAGAUGAUGGCAAUUUCAUUUGGGACUCCCAUGCCAUUAUGGCGUAUUUGGUUUCUAAAUAUGGCAAAGAUGAUGCGCUCUAUCCCAAAGAACUUCUGAAGCGAGCUGUGGUCGAUCAGCGUCUCCACUUUGAGAGUGGUGUUAUGUUCCAAGGUGGUCUGCGUAAUAUUAUGACUCCAUUGUUAGUCAGAAACCAGACAAAAAUUCCCCAGUAUCAAAUCGAUGCUAUUGGCGAAAUAUACAAUUUCCUGGAAACAUUUCUUAAGGAUAACACAUACAUGGCAGGAGAGCAUGUGACCAUAGCUGACUUUUGCAUAAUCUCAACCACAACAUCAUUGGUGGGCUUCAAAGAAAUCGAUGCAUCGAAAUGUCCAAAAUUGACCGCUUGGAUAAAACGCAUGCAAUCUCUUCCAUAUUACCAAGAAGCAAACGGCGUUGGAGCAGCCAAAAUCGUAGGAUUGAUUAAGUCCAAGCAACUUACUAUUGUACCUUAAACUGCUGAAGUUAAAAAUUGAGAGUUAAUUCUGAACAUUUUGAAAUCGAUUCAAUAAAGAGCAGUAAAACUAUAACAUCAACUUUAUCAUGUAUUUAUACUCCCAAAACCACUAUUGUGAUACAAGAUAUUAUAACUUAGUGUAUUCGUUUAUAACACCAAUAAGGAACCCAGUAAACAAAACGUUCAGCAU